UUUUCUGUGAUAUUAAUAUUUUCAGAAUGAUUCGAGCUCCUCGAUUGUCUGAAAAAAAUCACGUUUGAUCAUUUUGACAACAGGAAUAUGUGUUAACAAUACACACAGCUGCAUGACACUAACCCAACCCAACCCUAACCCACGUUCGAUGCAUUUCAAACUCGAACACAGAAAAGCAAAACAAUGAAUUCUCACGAAGAAUUUUUGGAAUUAUUUAAGUGCGCUAUAUCCAGGAGAGAAUAUAUUACUUUGGCGAGUCACUUGGAGGACAAUUGGAAGCUUCUCACAAUUGUUUCAACCGAACAUUGUGAAUCUAUUGUAAGUACUAUAUUUGACCCAAAAGACGGCUUGUUGUAUUUUCUGAACGAUGAGUUUGAAAAUCGAUCUUCGAGUAAAAAUCCACAUGUUGAUAACGCGCUUAAACAUGGAUUUGCCUUUCUUGAGUUUUGUAUCAAGAAUUUCCACAAGACUUCCUGCUUUCCGCGAUAUAUCAACAAGAUUAAGGAUGUUUGUAUGUCAGGUCUGACUAAAAAGACUACUCAAUAUAUCUUCAAAAAUGCUUGCAAAGCCUUUGCAACAUUAAUUGAAUUAUUUGGGAAUGACGAGCAUUUAGAGCUGACUGAGACAGUCGAGCAUUUUGCAUGUAACUUUUACAUAUACGACCUGAAAGAAAGAAGAUGGAUAUUUUUUGUACUUGGUAAAAUAAUUAAACACAAAAGCGAUAUAGAUCUGCCAUCAAAAUGUAAAACAACUAUUUUUCAACAAUUGUAUUGCGAUGCCUUUCAAGAGCAUAAACUUCAAGAUGUUCCACCCAUGGAGUUUCAUAAAUAUUUCGAUGUCCUUUUGGAUAUAUUGAACAAUAAUAAUUUCCAACCACCGGACAAGAUGAGAGAGAGAUUGUUUUCUGUGUCAUAUGAGUGGAUAAAGCAUCUCAGUCGACAAAAUAAUCAGGAACACGGCAAAAUGGCAAAGGAGUCGGGGAUUACGCUCCUAAGUAGUCAUGUAGAAUUUUUUCAGAGAUUAGUAUAUAAUGAUUACAAACACUGGUACGACGUUCUUAGGCGCUUAUCGCGCGAGAACAGACUCAGUUCCGCUAUUACUGGACAGCGAGCUUUGAAAACAUUUUAUCGAGUUAUCGGACGGAUUCUUACGGAGCAAAAUAUUCCUCAGAACAAAAGUAUAUUAUUGUAUUUUCAGCAGGAGUUUCAGACGGUACUGAAGGACACUAAUUUAGAUUCAAUUACGUUACAACUUACUAUUUACGGAUUCAGUCAGAUGGCUGCGCCAUGCAGAAUGUAUUUCGGUGAGAGCAACGUCAGAGAAAUGUAUUCGAUGAUAACCAGCUAUGUGCUACCUCUUUGUUUCAACGAACAAAGUAGCGUAGAAAACAUAGAGAAGAUAUGUCAUUAUCAGGAAGAACUGUCUGCAAUACUUUGUGAGAUAUCCGACGUUACGAGUGAAAAAAUUAACGUUCUUGUAAAAGUUAGUAUCUGCACAAUCAAGAGAUUUCCCGAGGUAGAUAAUAGAAUUGUCGUUUCAUCAUUGAUUAAAACUAUUUGCAAACUCGGAAGUAUCAAUAAAAAUCUGCUGCAGCGAUAUCUCAAUGAUAUAAUUUCUGAUGGCAUCGCGUGGAGCUGUUCUCACACAUUGGCAGUCGAUGCGGAGUUACAACGCGAACUGAACAAUUUAGAACAGACGCCGAUAUGUUACAAAAAUUAUUUGCCAUUGUGGACAACAUUGCUGGACGCCGAAAAGUUCGAUCACAGGCAGGACCUUGUUCAACUUGUCGCGAACACUCUGAUGGAUGUGUGCGUCAAUUAUAUCGAUCGAUUGGAUCUACGCGUGAAGCAAACGGAAGAGCAUACCGCUCUAUCCGACGUGGCUCUCACCCACAGCGCCGUGAAUCAAACGGAUUUCCGUGUGUUUACAAAUCUCGUGGACCUUUACGUUGAUGUAAUCGACAAAUCCGAGCCUUCGUUGUUUAUCAAUAUGGUGCACAAAUUUCUUCACGAAAUCGUGCGAUUCUCGCAUAAAUAUCCGCUGAUAUCCGGCUUCUACAGCCUGGCUCGAGUUGGCAUGAAGAUUUUCACCGCUUGCGUAUCGGAAGAGGAAGAAGAAGAAGAAGAGAAAAGAAACGAAAGGACGUGGCAAACGCGAGAGCUUCUGUCUAAUUACGUGAUACACACUCUCGACAUGAUCCCCGCGUUUUCCAACAUACAAUUGUUGGCCGCGUGUCUCCAUUUGAUUCUGAACGCGCCUCUAACGUACGUCGAGAACGUGCUUCCGCGCACGCUGCCGAUGUUCAAGAUUGCGUUCGCCAUUGGUCUGAGCAACUUGGAACUCGCGUACACCGCUCUCGUCGCUCUGAAGACAUGGACGAUCGCAACAGGAGGAAAUGUUACGACGACGAUGGAGAAACGGGAGCGAACAAACGAAUUGGUGCGCGAACUCGUUCCGUACCUGGAACCGUAUCUGCGCAGCACGGAGAGUUCCGUCGACGUUUCGCAGAAUCUGACGACGCUAAUGGCGAGAAAGCGCGCGAAGCGCGUUGACGUGAUCGACACCGAGAGAACAUUGCGAAACUUUCAGCGACAAGUUCUGUUAUUUCUCGGAUCGCUCGAUCACGAUCUGUUGUCGGACUUCGCGUACGAUCGCGCUUCGCGCAGUACAGGCGCGUCCUGGGAUCACAAAGAUCUGAUUCGGUACGUCGUGCCGUUUCCAAACGAAAUACGACCAAAAAUUUACUUCGACGGAAUAUUGCCGAUUGUGAUGAGAUUGGCGCGCGAAUCCAGCGACCGACGCACCAAGAUUGCGGCCUGCGAGGUGUUGCACUCGUUGGUAGCUCUCGUCGCCGGCACCACCAAGCAAAACUCGAACGACGAAAAUUAUCUAGCUGUCUACGAUGAUCUGUGUCCGACCGUACUCGCACUCGGUUGCGACGGCGACGAGGUUGUGCGCAAUCUCUAUCGUCCGUUAGCGUUGCAGUUGAUGCACUGGCUUAGCUCCAUACCCAAACUAACGAAUUCCGUGAUCGAUCAUCUGCUCGAUUCGUUAACGGACAAUCUAAACCCCGCGAUGCGCGAGUUUGCGGGCAUGUGUCUGGCGGAAUUCACGGACUGGUCGAUCAGACAAGAGUCGGCCGCGCAAACUCAAUCAAAUCAACUGCGUAAGAUUAUUCAAAAGAUCAACAAUCUCGCUCUGCAUCCGUUAGCGAACAAACGCAUAGCCGCGGCCGUGGCCUUCAAUCAUCUUUACAGGAUCUUGCGCGAAGACGAUGACGUUGUAUCGAAUUAUUGGCUCGAGAUAUUUUGCUGUUUCGUUCGAAGCUUGGACGGAUGCGACGACUUGUCGAUCACAAACGCGCUGGCUCACAUCGAGAAAGUGAUCGAAAUCAAAGCGGAUCUUCUGAACGAUACGAACGAUGAUGAUCGCGAUCGGGAAAAACCGCCCGAGUUCGACAAACCAGACCUCACUCACGCUCUGUACUGGUUGCUCUCGCGGUGUGGAGUUCUCAACGAACGUUGUCGCGCGAAAUGCAUGGAAUUAUACGUCAACAUAUCGCGGUACAUCGGCAGUACAGCUCGGGAGACGACGCAGACCUACGUUCGCACUUACGGGAGGGAUCGACUGUGCGAUAUCAUUCUGAAAGAUUUGACAUCGUGUGCGAAAGAUAUCUCCUUGGCUGACAAUGUGAUGUCGUUGUUGAAAGCUCUGGAUUACUACGUGUGGUUGAUGGAGAAACAGUUGCUGCCAGUAGAAAUUCUUUUUCCCGCCAAUGAGGAUCACACUAUCUUUUCUUGCAUUGGUGAUUUCGCUCAACAAUUUCUUCAAACGAUCAGGGAACCUUCGACGGUUACACCGGUGACAAAAUUAUUUGGAGAAUUCAAACUGCGGGAGCUACAGUGCAAAGCUCUGAUGGCUACGUUCAAUUUUUUACAAGUGUUGCUAAACGUCGACGUCAACAUUCUACCAGAAUCAUUGUGGACUGAAUCGUUGUGCGAAUUAAUUGUCCAGUGCGUGAUGUGUCCCAGAACGAUCGGUUUCGAUGUCAAGAACAUCGAGAUGACGGACAGAUUGCCGUGUGUUCUAGAAGCUCUGUUGAAUUCCAUGAAAGCAAGACUCGUCAAUUUGCCGAACAACAUCGCGCGUUGUUUGCGUUCCUCUCAGGAAUCGCUUGCAGCGAAAUUUCGCGACCUGCACGAGAUCGCGCAAAACUCUUCUGAGAUCGAAAUGACUCAGAAGGUCAACGGUUUGAUGUUGCUAAAGCGAUGUGAUAUGCUCGCGUAUUUGGAAAUGAGCGAGUUUUGUGAAAAUGAAGACAACGACGACGUAGUCGUGCAAAUUUUCCAAUUUCUAGUGAGCAAUCGUCUCGGAGAAUUUACUUGCAGAGAUCUGACCGCGUCGAUGGACGAGUAUCUGCAAAUUCUGAUGGAAUUUAGACUUUCGUUAAUAGCGAGACCCGCUGACGUUCGGUCGAUGAUCAACACGCUGGUUAAACAAAUAUCGAACGACGUUCCGAUAAUCAGCAGUUCUGAUUCCGCGAAGAUCGCGCACGGCGAUUACUUUUUGAACAAAUUUAAAAGCGUGAUCUUCAAUUACAUAUUAACCCAUCGGGACGCGAUUGCGUCUGUCUUUGAGGAAGUGUCGCGCAACAAUCCGGACUUAUCGCUCAAAUGGAUCGAGGAUUUGGUGUUGUUUCUGAAACGACACAGACGUGAACUGCAGACGCACGUAGACGAGACGGUGAAUAUAAUUCUGCGACAGUUCACGUGUCUGAAGAAAGUUGUCGACAACGUCGAUAGUCGCAGAGAGAGAUUGUUGAACAUCUACGGAACCACGGUGCGUCUCGUGUCUAAACCUACGGAAAUUACGGAAGCAUCUCGCGAGCUCUACGAAUGGAUCCUGGACCAAUUGACUCGCAACGACAGUUUUGAAUACAAGAUGCUGAUUCUGCGGAACUUCCUCGUUUGUUUGACGGACGCGACCGAUCGCGAUAACGACAAGAUCGAACUGUGGGGUAUUCUGCAGCAGACGUUGAGUCGAAGUCGAAAUCUAAUAUCCGAACCAAGCGCAACAAAUGUCAUGACGAUGAUCAACAGCUUCGAAACGCUGUUGGUGCUGCUGUUGGCGACCAAGUCGGUGACAACGCUCAGAUGCGUAAUACAUUUUGCCGCCGGUGCCGGCGAUCGUCUGUUCGACGAGAAGCUGAAGGAGUAUCUACACAGAUACUAUCGCGAGUCGUCGAGCGAGCAUGUCCUGCGAUCGCUCGAAGAGACUUAUCGCGCGUUUAUGAAUGGAAAUACCGAGGCGGAGAGACUCGACGUUCUGCGCGGAUUUCUUCUGCCGUCGUUUGAAUUCUGCGACACGGUCACAAUCGAGAGCUUCUUCGAGCGCAACGUCCGCGAGCUGCACGAGAUCGCUGAACAACGCACGGACAAUGACAACGAUAACAGCGUCAAACGAGUGAUCGUAUCGAAGAUCGGAUACUUUCAGCUGAUGACAAUCAUGUUUUCUCGGAUAGACAAGAACAAGAUAGACGACAUGAACAGCUCGAUCGUGACUGGCAAUAAAACAUUUUCUUGCGAAGUGUUUCGCAACACCUGGAAUACACGAGGUUUGAGGAUAACGCGACCCGACUGCGACGAGCUCGCGCGUCAGCUGCAUUGCGCCGCGUACAACUGUUCGUUGGCGAUAAUAUGUCUGAAAGAGGAAGAGCGUUUCUACAAAGCAGCGUUCUGUAGUCAAGGUUCUGAUUUUAUCUGGGAAAAUCUUGUGGACUGUAAAAAGUUUUACCAACUCGGCCAGACCUUCGAGAAGAAGCCGAAGGAUCGCAAGAUUACUGUCCACAUCAAAUCCGCUAUGAGAGUGGAAACGUGCGAGUACACGUAUAUUCACAGCUAUGAUCUGUCGACGUGCACACUGAGCGAAGACAUAAACGCCUACGAUUUCAACAGAUGCGACCUGCUGCCGUCCAAUUCGCAACGUUCUGUGACGUCAAGCAACAGUUUCGAUUCGUCCCAGUCGCAUGGCGCAACGAGCAUUAUCUUGGAAAGCGACAAUUUUAACGAGCACGAGUGCAUGCCGUAUAUCUACGUUUUGUUGCAACGUGUCAAAAAUCUCUUCGGAUCGAACAACGAGGAGCCCGAGUGGUUGAAGUUCUUUUUCAACGGUUGUCUAGCACCCAGUCAUCCGAACAUCCAAUUAUUCUUGCUGAAGAUUGUUUGGAACGCGGCUGAUGUGUUCAAACCUCAUGCUAGGUUCGCGCUGACGUCUGUUGUCAAAAUCACCGCUAAUUAUUUGGAGCAGCAGAAUUUGAACUACAUUGUUACAGAUAUUCUAGAGAUGCUAAUGGACUGGCGCGACACGGUCACACCGGACGAGAACGACAAACCGGAAAUUCAAAAGCUCUUCGAGGUAGUUGUCGAAAAAGUUGUUAACAAAGAAUCGUCCAGAAAGUCUGACGACAUAUACAUCUGCAAGUAUAAUAUCAACCUUGUGAGGAAUAUGGUCGAGAAGUGGCGUGGUUGUUUGCAAAUGCCGAACGGCGUCCUGAUGAAUAAGAUUAUGAGAGCACCGAAUGUCGCGGUAAAUCUCAUACUGAGUUUUCUCCAAAACGACAUGACGGAAGUGAUCGUCGCGACGGAUGACGUCGUCGAAUUUUUGUUGGACCAACUGGACAAGUGGGAAACGUCCAAACGUUCCGAAAUGACGUGUCUGCUGAGUUGCGAGUGCCUGGGAUUGUGUCUGAAGUUCAUCAUGCGCAACGAAACCGGAACGGAGAACAAGGGACGUGAGUUGCAACAGAGAAUCGUUGACAUCCUUGGCGCAUCCAAAAAACCGCUUCAUUACAUGAUCAAGCAAAUAAAACGCAUUGCUCACCUCUGUCGCGCUUGUCCCGACUUAGCUGUGAAUUACGUUUGCAUCGCGAUCAGCGCCAUGGCCAAGGAUGUGAAUAAAUCUCACUGUCUGGAAAUAUUCUUUCUAGCGAUGCCAAAGAUCGACGCGAUAGACUUAGUAGACUAUCUGCACAACAUAAGACUGGAAAGAAUUCUUGAAAAUCCUAUAUGCGAAAAAAUGGCGCUGCACAUUGUUCACCGCAUGGUGACGAUUGUCUCGCCCACGGUUCUGUUCUCUUAUAUAAAACUGGUGAUUCGAUAUAUCAGAGACAAUAUCGCGGAACAUCGAAAAUUGGUCUACGACGUGCUCGUGAGCGUUCACAAGAAAUAUUCGGUUGACAUAGCGGCUAAUGACGACGCGACUGUGCAAGAUCUGAUGUUUGUCAGCACGCAGAAUCUGCUGGCUGGUCUGAUAGAUUCGUGUCCCGAUCUGCAGGAGAAGAUAUUGAAAUUCUGGACGGAGGAAACGGAGCUUUCCAGAUGCAGUCCAAAGGAACGCUUGAUCACGCUGCUGGAUAUGUACUCGUCACAAGUGACAACGAUGCCGGACAACGUGUUCGCGUCGUUUGUGGGGUUGUUGAUGUUGCAGCUGACCACCCAAACGAGAGAUUACACCAAGAAGAUGUUCGAACAGCCGUUGCACUCUAACUCUCCUUUCGAAAAUUACAAAGUACCUAAUUUCCGGUGCAGGCAGAACCUGAGCAGCGUGGCGCCGAUAUUCGUUGACUCGCUCGCCUCCCAGAUCAAUCAGUUAUCUCUCAGCAGUUAUCUCUCCCAGAGCUGCAAUAGCGCAGCUACGUCCGUCUAUUCGCGCGCCUCUUUUGGCUACCCGUUGAGACUUCGCGCGACGCAGGAUUCGCGGUUUGAGCAAACUCUAAUGGACGAGGACAAACCCGCGACCGCGACAUUCGAUAUCGCGUCGCUCGAUACCGAAUUCAAUCGAAUAAGACAACCGCGACCGACAACGUUGCAGGGAAAAGCUUCAGCCAGAUUUCUAACGAACUCGUUGGAUGUAGCGCAUUAUCGUCGCAAACAAAUACAGAAGAACGAGCAACGAGCGGAGAUGAUAAAGCAAGAAAACGUCAGACAACAAAGCAGCGUGAGAUUGUACAGAGAUUAUCGAAUAGGAGAUUUUCCCGACAUCCAGAUACCUCAUUCGAGUUUAAUCGUGCCGCUUCAACAGUUGAUAAAGUUGGACCGAUUGAUUUGCAAAGAUGUGACCGUGUCCCUGUUGUGCGCGUUGAUCGAGGACGUAGAAGAGACGGAGGGAUCCGACGAUUUUUCUCAAACCAUUGUAGAAAAGCUGAAAAAAAUCCUGCAAAAAUCGAGCGAAAGAAGCAGCUCGUUCAGUGCCAUUAUCUUGGAAACGUUGUUAAAGCUGAGAGUUGUCGACUGCAAUCCGCGAGACGUAAUGAAGAUCUCCAAAAUAAACGGGUUGGACACUCUCGGCACUCUUCUCCUGGAACAAAGUUUAUUACUGUCGAACGACGAUUCGGUGUCACCGAUAAAACGAAUGCGAAGACAAGAUGACGACGUACGCAACGAAGAGACCAACAAGUGGGCGCAAUUGGCGUUCCUUUACAAAUCGCUGAACGACGUCGACGUCGUUUCGAGUAUCUUCAGAGAACGGCAAUCGUUCGGCCAACAUAUACAGGAAGCGGCUCUUGCGGCAGCGAGCGGCAAUUGGAUUCAAGCGAAACACGCAUUUGAAAUGGGUUGCGAACAAACAGAGAUUUUUUCGAUGAAGGAACAUUGUGUGCAAGGAUUGUUCGAAGCCGUGAACAACUUGUGCGACUGGUCGGCAAUUGACAGACUCGUGAAAAGCCGGACAAACAGAGAUUUGAACAAUAUCUGGAACGACUCGUGGAAAGAUUGGAUGAUUCCGUACGUCUCCGACGCGUACACGUACAUGUACGGGAUGGGAGAAGUCUGGUCGUCGAGGGACAGUGAUAUGAAAGUUAUCGAAUCGUGGAUGAACGAUCGAGACAAAAUGGCGUAUCUCAAGUCAACGAUAGGCGAGAAUCUGUUGAUGAGCCUGUUGAGGUCGUACAAAGAACAGAAAGUGAUCGAUCUGUUGAACGAUCUUCUGGACAAAACGGCGGAGCAAUGGGUCGGAUUGAAUCCUCUCUGCGCCGAACUGGGAAUACGCAAUUUACAGAAGUUGCAAGCUAUAAGCGAUCUCGACGCUUCGCUAAAGGUACUUCGAUGUACAGACGAGACCGAUCGCGUGGACAGAUUGGCUGAUCUAUUGAAUUUCUGGUCGACAAAAUCACCCACGAUUCGAGACAAUCUCAUACAGUGGAACAAAUUAGUUGCCUUUCGAUUGUUCUCUUCGUUGUUGAUCGAAGAACUUAUGGAUGACGAUGACGACUGUCACGUAAUCGAUGACGAUAACGAUGAUGACGACUGUCGUAUAAUCGAUGACGAUAAUGAUGAUAAUGGUCGCGCAAGAAAACACGAAGUCGUGGAGCAAAUGCGUCGGGCCGGUAUUCAGCUUCGAUUGGACGUUGGCGAUGCCGCGUUAAAUCAGAACCAUCGAUACAUAGCCGAGAAAUAUUUGAAUUGCAUGAUAAAAAUAAAAGGCGUUCGUUAUCUGAACAUGGAAGUUCCUUUGACGUGGUUCGAGGCCCGAGCCAAGAGUCUGCGCGCCGAUCUCGAAUCAGACGCUGAAAUCAAGAUGAGCGCUUAUACCGAUUCCUGGAAAUGCUCGCACGAACUGUUGUCGAACGGACAGCAUAUGGACGGUGAGCUGUGUACCGCCUUCAAGCAACACAUCGGUGUGAUGGCGUCAAAAAUCGAAUCUUACAGCAGAGAAAACGACAGGUUCGCGAGCGAGUUGACGAAGAACACCGUGAUCCUGCGGAAGAUAAGAAACGCAGAAGCAACGAACGUCGAUUUGGACACCGUCAGACGAGAUUUGUUGCGUUACAGCUCGGACAUGUUGCGUAUGUGCUGCGAGGACGCUGAAACGACCGGUGCCAGCAAUGUUGGCGAGCACUAUUGCGCUCUGGCCAAACAUUGCUACAACAGAUUGACGACUACCGAUGUGGAGAGCGACGAGAUCUUCCGCUGCUUCAUGUCGUCCACUCUCAAGUCCAUGCGUUACGGUUAUCUCGAGGCUACGCAUUACUUUCCUUGUUUGUUAAAACCGGAGCAUUUGCGGUACGAACAAACGCGACAGAUAUUCGAUCGAGAGUGCGCUGUGCUACAGCCGUGGUUGUUUCUGCGCUGGCGCGACCUGUUGUUCUCUCACCUGAAUACGUCAAUCGCGGACGCGGUUGCACCGAUUGUCGAGAGACUUGCCGAAACUUAUCCCGACGCGGUUAUAUACAAUUACUUGGCCAUCGAGCGAACUCCCGAUAUACGUCAGCAGAAAUUACGCUCGCUUUUGGGCAGCAAAGCAACGGAGUACGAACAGUUCUUGGAAGCAAUACGGUGUGUGACGCAACCGGAAUUGUAUCUAAAAUAUCAUCUCGAUGAGGCGGUGAAAGAACAUUUACGGGGAGAAGUUGCGGCCUUCAACUCACUGUUGCUUCACAGAAUUCAUCCGAUCUUCGGUAGCCAAGUAGCGAAUAGAAACAAUCCUCGACUGGGUAAAGUUUAUCAACAAUUUGCGGACUGCGUAAGGAAAAUAGAAAACAUUAAUCGCGACAAUCCAGAUGACUUGCGAAGACAAGUGCAAGAAAUCAAACAAUCGUUGGAUAAGUCUCUGAACAAACGUCUCGAAAAAAUCAGUAAAAGAGGCGCAAAAAUUUACAACAGCCAGUUAAAGAAUUACAGCCCGUUCUUGCACAAUUAUACCGGCGGCAAUAUACUGGAGAUACCCGGACAAUAUUCCGGCAACAAGGAACCCAUGCCGUGUUGCCAUGUGAAAAUUGCCCGUUUCGGACCCGACGUAGCGAUCAUGCCGUCGCUGCGCAAACCAAUUCGCAUUAGUAUGAUAGGCGACAACGGAAGGGAGUACAAGUUCCUGAUUAAAUUCGGCGAGGACCUAACGAUCGAUCGCGGUUUGCAGCAACUGUACGCCACCAUGAGCAGAACUCUGCGCAACGAUGCCAGUUGUAGCCAAAGACACUUGGACAUAGAUACGUACGAGGUAAUACCACUUUCAAGAUCACUCGGUCUCAUACAAUGGAUCGAGGGCACGAGAUCUCUGGAGGAGUUUGUGGAAUUCAGCAUGAAGAGUAAAGAUACAGAAAAUCACAAUGCUAUUCGCAGGAACUACAAGUCCUGGAUAGCGGAUGCCGCACCUCCAAUGUCGCUUGAGAUUGACGGUUACAAGGAGGCGAUAUCCAAGUACGGUCAACAAACAGUUGCGGAGAAAAUGAAACACUUCAUUGGAAUUACGAAACAAACCGCUCUGCGUGACACGUUCGCCGCGAUCGGCACGUCGCCAGAGUGUUUCGUUACGUUGCGACGCAACUUCGUUACGAGCUACGCGACAAUGUGCGCGGCGCAUUGGAUAGCGGGCAUAGGCGAUCGCAAUCUGCAGAACACUCUGGUUCGCGUCGCUACCGGACGAUGCCUGGGCAUUGACUUCGGCCACUCGUUCGGCAGCGGUAUACGCGCGCCGAUACCGGAACUCGUGCCGUUUCGUCUGACGCCGCAGAUACUCGAGUUGCUGCGGCCCUUCACCGAGCGUGACCUUAUGGCGACGAUCAUGACCCACGCGAUGCGAGCUUUGCGCAACGAUCGAGGUCCGAUUCUCGCCUGCAUGGACAUCUUCAUUCACAAACCCGCUGGUCGAUCAUUAAACGACGAAAUGACACGAGAAAAUAUCGAUACCGACUCGACGUGGUCGUCCAAGAAAAAUAUUGAAGUAGUUGUCAAAAAAUUGAACGGAAUUCACCCAUCGCUCAUCACGUUGGAGCAGUUAAAAGAAACGCACAACAACAGAUACUUAGCGAGAUAUGAAGCUAUCGUUACUGGCAAUGACGAAUUCAGGCAAACAAGGGCAGAUAAAAGAAACGAUUGUUUAACGCCUGCUGAACAGGUGGAUUGUUUAUUGGAUCAAGCGAAAGAUCUAAAUAUUUUAGGUCGUAUGUACACAAAUUGGCAACCUUGGCUGUGAUAUAUUUAAUUAUAUCAAAGUAUAAAUAUAUACUUUAAUUCAUAAAAGAUACCGAAAAUAUACCUAUAUAUAUAUAGGUAUAUCUCGUUAACACUUAGAAAACACAGAUUCGAAAAAUUCAAGCGCAGAAAUUUAUAUAUAUACAUAUAUAUUUACAAUUUUUUAUACUUAUUGAAAUGUAAUGAAAAAUCUUAUUGCCUAAUUUAUUAUCAUUGUGCAUUAUAUUCUUUACGAUUAUAUUAUUUUACUUGAAUUCUGUUUUUAGCAAUUUCUAUAUUAUAUGUAUUGAUUGUAUUGAGACAUCGUUGGACUUUAUUAUACAUGAUCAUGCAAACGUAUAUAUACAUAUACAAAGUAAUAUUAAAUGAGACAUAUGUAUUUGUGUGAGAGGUUUAAAUUCUAUUUUUAUUUCUGAACAAAUAAUUAUGUAUAUUUUAUUAUAAUGAAAAUAUAUGUUAGACUUAUUCACAUACACACAUGCAAAAAUAAGUUUAAAUAAGAUAUUCUAGUAAUACUUAUUUGUAACAGUCGUGUUUUUUUUUUUACUAUCAACUAUAUAUCAAAAAUAAGUUAUUGUAAAUUAGGUGUUUUUGUGUGAUAUGUGGUCAUAACAUAAACAUUUUUCAAUGUAAUACAAAAAGUGUUUGUUUCUAAUAUAUCAAAAUUACGCUAUGUAAUGUGUUAAGUACUUGAAUAUUUUUUAAUUGCAAAAAAACUUCUUACUUAUCGAAAAAAUUA